UAUACGUCAAAGUAUUUCAAUAGCAAACGCAAGGCACAUUUUUUGCAUAAAAAAGCAUAAUCACCACCGCUAUUAAAAAAAUACAAAUAAUUGAAAAAAGAAUAUGGGCAAAACUUCAAAGGACAAGAGAGAUAUAUACUAUCGGCAAGCAAAAGAAAAUGGAUAUCGCGCAAGAAGUGCCUUCAAACUGUUGCAAAUAGACAAAGUUUUUCACAUUUUUGACGGGGUUAGCCGAGUUGUGGAUUUGUGUGCGGCCCCUGGUAGCUGGAGCCAGGUGCUGUCGAAAAGACUUUAUGAAAAUAAUUGUAUUAGCAUGUCUGAAAAUAAUCUAGACAAAGAUGAUGUAAAAAUUGUAGCCGUUGACUUGCAAGGAAUCAUUUUUUCCAAACAAGCAAUGGCACCUAUUAAUGCACCAAUAUGCGUUAAACAGCUUCAAGGAGACAUUACACAAUUGAGCGUUGCUAAUGAAAUUAUUGCGUAUUUUGAUGACAAAAAAGCCCAAUUGGUUGUUUGUGAUGGAGCGCCAGAUGUAACCGGCCUUCAUGAUAUUGACGAAUAUAUUCAAUCUCAAUUGUUAUUGGCCGCACUAAACAUAACUACUCAUAUUUUGGCGAACGGAGGAAAAUUUGUGGCAAAAAUCUUCAGAGGAAAGGACACUAGUUUGUUGUAUUCGCAAAUGCGAGUAUUUUUUAAAAAAGUUUCAAUCGCAAAACCUUCAAGUUCUCGAAAUUCGUCAAUAGAGGCUUUUGUGGUAUGUGAAAACUACUCACCACCCGACAACUAUGUACCACAAAUGAUCGAUCCAAAUACUACUGCUCUUGACAAAAAUAUCGUUCCAUUUGUGGUUUGUGGUGAUUUGGGAAAUUUAGAUUCUGACAUGUCCUAUAGUUUGAUAUCUGAUGGCAAAUACGAAUAUAAGGAAGUUUUGCAGAAACCAAUUUCACCGGCUUAUAAAGAAAUUUUAGAGAAAACAAAAAAUCUUUCACUCAAACAUCAAAACUAUUUGUUGAAGGAGACACAUUAAUAAACAAACCUAUUUUCUUUACGCUUUACUUUA